AUGGAAAACGAUAAGGGUAAAUUAGUCGAACUUUACAUUCCAAGAAAGUGUUCUGCUACCAACAGAAUCAUCAAGGCCAAGGACCACGCUUCUGUCCAAAUCAACGUUGCUAAGGUUGAUGAAGAAGGUCACGUCAUCCCAGGUGAAAACAUCUCCUACGCUAUUUGUGGUUUCAUCAGAUCUAGAGGUGAAUCUGACGACUCCGUUAACAGAUUGGCCCAAGCUGACGGUUUGUUGAAGAACGUCUGGUCUUACUCCCGUUAA